AUGGAUACAGCGCGGAGACGUCUACGGGAUACAGCAUCCACCACCCAGAGACUGGAUACUAAAGAAGAAAAUGUUCCUCCUCCCUGCUGUUAUACCCCUCACUACUUCCUGAACCCUUCAGUUUUGUAUAACAAAGAGUGUCCUGCCUCCUGGCUGUGGAUGCUAUACUUGAAGGCGUGGUCCCUGUGUCCGACAGACACCUGUAUUGGUAUGUCUAAACAGAGAGUGGUACAGUACUCUGAAGUAAUGUAUGAAACAAAGUUGCCUAUGCUAAAAAGAGAGUUACCAGCACCAAAAAGUCUAUCCAAGCUUGAAAGAAUGAGAAAUCAGUAUCAAGAGAGGGUCAGUAAGGAAAAAGAGGAGAAACUAUUGACCCUUUUCACAAAGCAGCAAGAGCAUACUACACAGAAGGUUCAUGGAUCCUCCUUACACACUGAAGAGCUGCGUCAUAAUCCCCGCAGCAAUUUUAAUGUCCAUCAUAAUCCCCCCAGUUUGUACACAGCUCAGUGGCCAGAAGAAAAAAACUGGGCCUCAAACUGGAUUGUUUCCAAACGGAGUGCUGGAGUGGAUAGAGCACACCCUCUGAAACCUGUCUUUCACCCAAAGGACCAAAGGAGUGUCAGAACAGAGACAAGUCUUUACCGCUCACAGUCUGCUAGUUCUGCAGGGAACAAACUGACAAUUCCACACCCAGAAGAACAUAUACGUUUGAAAUCAGGGCCCAGCAGGCCAGAAGUAUGGUUCCAACUGCAAAACUCCGAGCUGAGUUUGGAAGCCGAAAUCCGUAGAAAGAAAGCUUUAUUGAAAGAGAAAUUGCGUAGAACUGAAGAGGAAUUGCGCAGAAUCCAGAGAGAAAAGGAGGUGGCAGAGCUGGAGGAUACAACAGUUCAAGGAAUCCCAGAAAGAAAUAGAACAAUGGGCAAACUUGAUGAACAGGUUGGGAAGUAUUUGCAUAACCUUGAUUUUACAUUAAAGGCAAAAGAGAAGUCCAGUAGGCAUUUUAGAAAUCAAAAUUUGAUGCCUAAGGAGAAAGAUCCUCAAACAAAUCAAGAAGUUCCAAACAACAUGACAGAGAAAGAACAGCCUGUUUACAGAGGUAGAAGCCCACAAUAUGCAGCUAAUUUCAAAGAAGAAGAGAAAAGGCAAAUGCCUAAGGAUGUGCCUCAGGAUGAUGCACCAGAACCAUCAGCAACAGAGCUGCUUCCCUGUAACUUGUGUGGACGACAAUUUCUAGCACAUCGUCUGGAAAAGCAUACUCAAGUUUGUCAAAAGAUGCAGAAAUCUAAUCGAAAAGUAUUCGACUCAUCUAAAGCACGAGCCAAAGGAACAGAGCUUGAGCAAUACUUGCAAACCAAAGGAAAAACUCGGCCGAAUGUUCCUAAGGUACAGAGCAAUGCAUGGCGGCAAAAGCAUGAGUCGUUUCAGCAAACAAUUCGUCAUGCACGUACAGUGCAGCAGGUUAUAGCCAAGGGGGGAAAACUGUCUGAUCUGCCUCCCCCUCCACCUGAGGAAAACCCAGAUUAUGUAACUUGUCCUCACUGCAAUCGUCGUUUUGCCCCACGAGUAGCAGAAAGGCACAUCCCUAAAUGUGAAAAUAUUAAGAGCAAACCACGACCUCUUCGAAGACGCUAACGUUGAAUGGACUGCAAGUAAACAAUAAUAUGUUUGUGCUUUUUGUAAUAUUAAAGUGUCUGUUUCUUUUUGUAAAACUUGUAUCUUUGAAAAACAUCAUUGUCACCCAGGAGAUGUUCUUAUUCAGUAUAGCCCCAAAUUUGUUUUGCAUGAAUCUAGUAAAUGAUAACAUGGUAA